AUGAGUAUUCCAGAAAAAUUUGAUGCAGUCGGAGUUAUUGACUACGAUAAGUGGCUUGAACCAAAGCGCUUCCAGCAUACUCCCAAAGCAUUGAGAGACAACGAUGUUGACAUUGAAGUAGAAGCUUGCGGUAUUUGUGGUAGCGAUAUUCACGGCGCCAAUGGUGACUGGGGCAGACCUUACGCUCCAUUAGCUGUUGGACAUGAAAUUGUCGGAAAGGUAGCUCGGGUUGGUCCAAAGGUGACCAAGUUGAAGGUUGGUGACAGAGUUGGUGUUGGUGCGCAAUGUGAUUCGUGUGGAGAUUGUAUCAGAUGCAAUAAAGGUAUUGAAAACCAUUGUAGAAAAGAAGUUGGAACGUAUCUUUCCUACUAUAAGGACGACAACACUCCCACCCAAGGUGGUUAUGCCAACUACGUGAGGCUCAACUCCACGUUUGCUUUCAAGAUUCCUGAUGCGCUCUCCAGUGUUGUCGCUGCACCUUUGUUGUGUGGUGGUAUCACAGGAUUCCUUCCAUUAUUGACUGCUGGUGUAACUAAGGGAACCAAAGUCGGUGUAAGUGGUAUUGGCGGUAUUGGUCAUAUGACGAUCUUGUUCGCUAAGGCCAUGGGAGCUGAAGUAACGGCUAUUUCCAGAAAUAACAAAAAGAAGGCUCUUGCCGAGAAACUCGGCGCAGACAACUACAUUGCUACAGAUGAAGAAGGCUUCGAUGAGGGUUACACGGACUUGGACGUAAUUGUUAACACUGGUUCCUCCUUUACUGAAGGAAGCUUCAAAAAGCUCCUCAACCUCAUUAGGCCGCACGGAAGAAUGAUCUUCAUCACUGCACCACCUAAUGACGAAAGCUUGGAAUUAGAGCCGGGUGCACUUCUCGCUUCUGCUGUUUCAAUUGAAGGUUCUCAUAUUGGAUCUCCCAAGGAAAUCGAAUAUAUGUUGGACUUCGCUGCCAAACAUGACAUCAAGCCUUGGAUUGAAACAAUUGACAUCUCCGAAGAAAAUGUAUCUACAGCAUGGCAAAGAAUGACGGACGGUGACGUCCAAUUCAGAUUUGUACUUACUGGCUACGACAAGUUUUUCAAGUAA